AGGCUCCAAAACCGGUUGGAGCGGAACUAGCUGGAGGAGGUUCUGCGGAGCCGGUCCGACAGGUGAGUCCCUCCAGGUGCAGCCUAUAAACGUCGGCGCUAGGCUCGUGCGCCCAGUGAAUGUCGGGUGUCGGAGGGGAAGCAUGUUUCAGCUGCUGCUGCUCGCCGGAGUUGUGCUCGGAGGAUACAUCGUCCUCACACAGACGCUCUUCAAACGGUCCAGAUGUAAAGGAACCGCAGCGGUGGCGGGAAAGACGGUGAUCGUCACAGGAGGCAACACCGGCAUCGGUAAAGCUACAGCGCUGCACCUGGCCCGGAGAGGGGCCCGGGUCGUCCUGGCCUGCAGGAACCGGGACAAGGCCCAGAGCGCCAUCGCAGACAUAGAGCAGGAGACGGGAAGUACUGAUGUGGUCUACAUGCAUCUGGACCUGGCCAGUCUGAAGUCCGUCCGCUGCUUCGCUGAGACUUUCCUGAAAACCGAGUCCAGACUGGACCUGCUCAUCAACAAUGCAGGUCUGGUGGCCGACGGACAGACCGAGGACGGGUUCGGCAUCGAGUUCGGCGUCAACCACCUGGGCCACUUCCUGCUGACCCGCCUGCUGCUGGAGCGCCUGAAGGAGUCGGGGCGGGGGCGCGUGGUCACGCUGGCCUCCAUGGCGUACCGCUGGGGACGCGUUGACGUGGAGGCUCUGGCGGCGAGCAAACAUCUGGGAACCGGCACGUACAGCUGGCAGUUCUUCCAGGCCUACUGCAACAGCAAACUGUGCAACGUGCUGUUCACACACGAACUCGCCAAGAGGCUCAACGGAACCAACGUGACCUGCUACUGCGUCCACCCAGGCAUCGUUCACACUGAAUUGUCCAGAAACGUCAGUCUGUGGCAGAAGCUCUUCAUCGAGCCCGUGGCCCGGCUGCUGUUCCUGGACCCGGAGGCUGGAGCCCAGACCACGCUGCACUGCGCGCUGCAGGAGGGAAUCGAACCUCUGAGCGGCCGCUACUUCUCCUGCUGCGCCGCCCAGGAGGUUUGUGCUCGGGGCCGAGACGACGCCACAUCCAGGAGGCUGUGGGAGGUCAGCGAGAGGUUCUGUGGCCUGAGCUGAGCGUGAGACGUCACUGAACCAGUAGCAAGAACUUUUUCUUUGAGGGGAGAUUUUAAACAACUGAUAUUUAUCAAGCAGUUUCAUUUGAUGUAUUUUUGAACCAUUUACAAUAAACAGAUUUGAAUGAU